UCGUUCUCGCCGCAUUGUGCAUGUUACAAUCCCUGGCUCACAUCAACUGCAUCACCGGUCGCGACGUCACUUGGUGGUUUCCGGUUGUGGCCGCGCUCGCUGUAGAUGAUGGACGACUCGCUUUUUCUAGUUCAGUCAGCGCCGGAUGGCUUCGAGUCGGCUACGCCACUUGUGCUCAUCCACGAUGGGGGAGGCACGACGGUGUCUUAUUUCUACCUUGAAUCUUUAGACCGUACGGUAUAUGCGAUACAGAACCCGAGAUUUUAUUCUGGUGAACCAUGGGAGGGUGGACUGCCUGAGAUGGGCCGAAUAUAUGCGAGCUUGAUACGGUCCGUGCUACCAUCGGGGCCUAUUAUUCUUGGAGGCUGGUCGCUUGGCGGCAUGAUUUCGUUGGAGGUUGCCAGCAUACUCGCAAGAACUUCCGAUAUCCAGGUUCUUGGAAUCGUGAUGAUAGACAGCAUAAACCCGCUGAAUGCGGCUAUCCAAAGUGCAAACGUUGCUCCUCAUCAAGUUGAAUAUGACGAGCAUACAAGGCCUGAAACCCGUGAGUUGGUCUCGAACUGCAUGAAAAUGGCGGUCGCGAUGUCUUCCGACUGGAUUCCCCCGGUCUGGAAAGGAUGUGGUGACCAGGAUCUCAUCGGCCGCCGAAAAGCUAUGGAAGCAACUCUGUCGUCCCGGAUGCCUGCGCAAUACGGGAAUUCCUGCUCCGUAACGGAGAUGGAUGUGCCGUGGCGCGACAUCUUGCCCACCGUACCCCCAACCGUUCUCCUACGGUGCAAUGAGUAUGUUCCUAUCUCCAGUCCCGAGGGUUGUAAUGCAGUCUCAAGGGUAGAUGUGUGUCGAGAGAUGCCCAGAUUGGGAUGGGAGGAGUACGGAUAUGAUAUGAUAUCUACAGUCAUGGACAUCCCCGGUCACCACUUUAAUAUAUUUGCUAAAGGCCAUCUUGACGAAGUCUCAUCGCAAGUGAAGCUUGCGUGUAGACUGAUUGAGAGAGCCGGCCUCUGAGAUUCAAGCAUUGUGUGCUACCCAUUCACGGCUGAAUCCUACGAGUACAGUGAAAUUUAUAAAUGUGAUUGAUUUUUUGGAAUAAGCAAUUACUUUUUAUUUUAUUUUA